AUGUUGAAUCCAUGUACAACAUGUUCGUUAACAUGCCACCGCAAAUGCCUACUCGAUUGGUUCAACACUAUACCUUCGGAUAAGUUGCAUCUUAUCCAUGCUAGGAAAGUGGCAACGAUAGCUCAAAUGAGAAGUCUCACUCGAGAUCACUUGGGCGAUAUAGGCAUCGGCUCACCUCCCUUGAAUAAUCAAACUACAAAUAUUCGAAUAGAUAUAUCGGCUCAAGGCUUAGAAAAUUGGAUUUCAAGCUUUACCGGAGGUAGAGCUAGUGCCGACUCUCCAGCAGUUGAACAAGAACAACAACAACAGCAACAACAACCGGUCCCGAAUAACGACGGCAAUGGCGAUGGCGAGGGCGAGGGCGAGGGAAACAACGUCGAGUCGGUGCAAACAGGAGACGAUACAAACACCAGUCAUCAAUCUCCUUUGAAUUUCGACGACAACUCAGUAUACAUCCUUGUGCUGUGUCCUCAGUGCAAGAAAGACAUCAUAUUUAUAAUGAGACGCUCACAACUCCUAACCCUCCAGUCGUCAAUCAAGGGAUGCAUCACCAACAUGGUGAAAUAUGGCGGAAUCUUUCUAGGAAUAACGUCGGCAGUCACGGGUGUGGUUUCCAUGGGCUACAUCGGUCUCACCACGGCUGGUUUGAAAAUGAUGGAUAAUAUUGUCCCUGGCCCUAUGCUAGUGCGCAUGUUGACAAAAAAGGCGUUGUUGGGUUCUCAAAACUCAUAUACUUCACUAUCGAGAAUACUUUUUGGCAAAUCGGCAAGCUAUGCAGUUGACAACUUGGAAACGGCAUUGGUUCAAGGACUAAUUGACCCGUUAAAGUUUUCUCGCAUACCCAUGUUGCCAAUUGUCAUGUACAGAAUGAGAACAUCUUCCAUUUUUGGACUAUUCAUAGGAACCAAAGCCGACGAUAUAAUCAACGCCGUGGUGACUGAAUUUAUGAUUACGGGAUACAUAUCUUCCUUAGCUGACCAUUCGUUGAUCCGAGCCAUCUCCCGCAACAUCAGAACCAGCAUGGCCGAAAUGUUGAAAGGUUCAUUCAAGUGGUCCCUUUUGAACCCCUUGAGAAAGAUUAACCUCCUCACAGCAAAUAGCAUAAUCUCCUUGAUUGUGCCCUUGAGAUGGGGGUAUGACUUGCUCUACAGGUUGACUUUCAAUCGGGCAUAUUUCAAUCUUACCAUGAAGUCGAGACCGCGUGCCAUUGCAAAUAGCUUAUCUGUGAGCGAAAUUGACCAUUUGGAACAUCUCAAUGCCCAGCUCAAUGAGAUUCAACAGAGACACGCGAUUAAGUUUCAAAAAAUCUGCAAGAAAGUUGACGCUAAACCAUCGGUCAAUAUCCCUGUUGUAUCAUCCUUUUACAAGCUUAUCUUGAAGCGAGUGCUAUACUAUAAAGCUCUAAGCAGGCACUGGUGGCCCUAUUUGGCGCUCGUGGUGAAAUCUCAACUUAAAUUCACUUUGGCCUGCUUGAAAUUCGACUAUUCUGCAACACUAUCACAUCCAAGUGCAAUAAUCAGAGGGUUGACUACAAUCGCGUGGCCCGUGGCUGCCUCAAAGAUUGGCUUCUGGGUACUUCCAAUGUUAUCAAAGAGAUCAAGCGAUUUUAAUGGGUUACCAACAGACACGAAGGUAUUGAUCUCAAACAUUCUAAGCUUGGUCGUGGUGGCGCUUGCAAAGGAAGCUUUGAAUUUGUACAUGACCAGAAAAAAAGUUGGUCAAAUGAGACAUAUAAAGCCUUUGCACUUGAGCAAAGACGACACCCAGAUCACCAAGACUUUGCUUGAUGCUGCGCGGAGUUUCACAUCCAACGCGAAUGCAAGUGAUGAGAUCUUCAACUAUUUAAGUGAGGAUGAAAUGUCUAGCUCUACGGAAAUUGAACACAUGGCCCAUUUGAGACUGAACCUGGAUCCAAUGAUUGACACGCAAUCCCGUGAUUUCCCAGGAAACUAUCCAGCUUGA